UGCUACCCUAAUUCAGAGAGCACGGAGCAGAAAACACGCGUAACUAAUAUCGUUUAUACGCUGAGCACUUGCACGUAUGAACUGAGAACUGGCGAGACACACGGAGCAGUCAUGAACAUUUGUUCAUACAAUAAACUUCGCAACUAUAUUAGUCCGAAAAUAUUAAUCGGGUAACAAAUAGUACUUAAUUAUGUUUUUGUUCGAUUGGCGGUAUACGUUUGCUUUUACAAUCAUGCUACAUUGUGCCGCCAUGGGUGCCUGGAUUUCGUGGCGCAAUUUAAACAACAACAUGUUUAAGAGAUAUCAUAAUCUUAGACAAAUCAGAGAUGACAAGAUCCCUUCUGAAGAGAUAUCAAAGCACCCAGUAUGGGCGAAGCUGGAUGCCGUGGACUGUGGCGACAGUGCAGCAGAUCGUAUCAUUGGUGGACUCAAUGCUGGGCUGGGCGACUUCCCCUGGAUAGCACGCCUUGGAUAUCUUGAAGACGAUGAGAUAGACUAUAUGUGUGGAGGUGCCCUGGUCACCGACCGCCACGUGGUCACUGCCGCCCACUGCGUACAGAAAUCAGACUACGGAUUGGUCUUAACCACAGUCCGAUUAGGUGAACAUGAUACGCGGACGGAUCCAGACUGUGAACUGAAAGUAUGUGCUCCUGCAGUACAGGAUCGAGGAAUCAAGAGGAUCAUCAGUCACCCUCAGUUCAACAAGCCCGCCUUCCACAACGACGUUGCCGUUAUCGAGUUGGAUAAACCAGUUACAUUAAAUAACUAUGUGGCACCUAUCUGCCUGCCCCGCACAGCGGAACAGCUAAUGAACUUUAAAAUUGGAGAUGAGAUGACAGUCGCUGGUUGGGGGAAGAUGAACAUGACCACAGAAGAACGAGCUAAAGUGUUACAGUUUGUAAAUAUACCAGUAGUAGCCCCUACGAUGUGUGACUCGUUCGGUAAAGGAUUCAAAUUGUUCGAAUCAGAGAUCUGCGCGGGUGCAGAACAUAAUAAGGACGCUUGCGGUGGUGACUCAGGAGGUCCACUCAUGAAGGUCUUUGACACGCCCGAAGGUCCCAAAAACUAUUUGGUCGGAGUAGUGUCAUUUGGCCCCACAAUAUGUGGUAUCAAGAAGCCUGGAGUCUACGCUUCAGUGGCAUACUUCCUUAAAUUUAUAUUAGAUAAUCUAGUCUAAAUGUUACCUUAGUAUUAUCUUAUAUUACAUGCAUAUGUAAAUAUUUUCAUUAAAUAGUUCCUAUUUUAAA